AUGGAUGAGUGGAAGGAGGUAAACUGGGCUGUGUACAAAAAGCCUCACUUGGCCGGGUAUAUGUAUGUCUUGCCUCAGAGUGAGAACCCUGACUACCAGUAUUGGCUGGGCCUCAGUGACCACCUGGGCUCUGGGAGGGCUAUCCAUCUUCCUGUGUUUAUUUUUAACGGAAACCAAUAUAAGAUUCAGAUUUUUGAGAAAGGGGAUUUUAAUUGUAAGAUGAAUGAAAGUACUGAAGACUGCCCUUCCAUCUUGGAACUGUUUCACAUGCAUAUGGAGGUUCACUCCUGUAAGGUGCUGGCAGGGGAAAGGGUCUGACUUUCUUAUGACCUACCCAUGCUGUGUUGGCAGUACCUCCUGGACAGGAUGAAGUGCCAGAAGCCCAUUGAUUGGGGUGCUGCCUCUGCAGGUGUCCAGUCCUUCUGCUGCAUUGUGGACUAUGUAGAUGGGCCAUAA